AGUGGGAGUCGGGGAAGAAAUUGGCGUUUGCAAAUGAAAACAGGGGAUCAGGGAUUACAAUGGAGAAUCCCAGCACUAGCAGUAGAAGAUGGAACAGGGGAGGCUUUGAGGAGAAUAUAUUGGCCAUAUUCGAUGCCUCGGAAACUAAGGACAGUCAAGAGUCUCGCGAUGACAGGAUUGCUUUUCUGAGAGCUGUUCGUGCUGCUUCAAUUGUUUCAGAUCAUGGAACACCACCAACUUCCAAAAUGUUUGAAGGAGUUUUCCAUAUUCUGCGGACGGGGAAGUCUUUAGAGUUGAUUAUGGCCAGUUAUCAGCUCCUGAUUGAGUUAAACAAGCGCUUCCCUCUUGUGUAUUUUUCUAGGGAAGACAAAUCCAAACCAGGCUCUUAUCCUUCAUCAGAGUUGGUUGUAGUUGAAGAGGCUUGGUCCCCGAUUAUUGUUAGUUUAGCUAAUGCCAGUACUGUCAAUCAAGCAACAGGCAAACAGUCUGGUGACCCUAUUGAUCCCUCUAGUUUUUAUUGUCUGAUUGACGAGAUUGCUGAAAUGUUAUCCAAGACGAAAUUCCAAGCAUCAGAUUUUAAGCCCUUACAAAACAUGUUAGUAUUUCAAUAUCUUGUCGAAGUUUUUGAAGGAGAUUUUUUGCCUCGCAAAGCAACCAUUGACUGGAACAUUGAGAGGGAUUCUUUGCUCAACCUGUUACUGGGAUCCAGGAAAAUAAACUACAAAGCCUUAAUGAAGAACUGCUUGACAAUUAUUUGUCAAUUAUCUCAACUUAAAAAUGAACUCAAUAAAUAUAUGGAGUGUGAAGAGGUUACUGAAUCUAGCUUAUCCAAAAAUUGUCUUACUUCAUUGUCAACUGGUGUAUUUGAAGCAGAAAAGAACACCUGCAUCUCUAUGGAAAAAUUUAUGGUUAUGAUAAUGGAGCUUGAUGUGUCUAGGAACAAAGCGGAUCUUGCAGGUUAUACUACAAGGGCUGAUGGAUCUAGAACACCUUUGUUGGCGAUAAUUUUGGAUGAACUAGCUUAUAAUCAAGAUAUGAUUCCCCAAUUUCUUCAGAUCUUCACUGAACCUAAAUGGAAGCUGGAAAUAAUUGUGCAUUAUCUCUGGAAGUACAUAACUAAGCCAUCUGUUCGGACUCGGAGAACAAAUGUUUCUGUUGAGGAUGAGACGUUUAGUGGGGCCCUGAAAUGCUUUUCAAAUAAAGCCACCACUAAGAGCACAAUUAAAAAGAUUGAUUCGGACAUUGUUCAAUUCCUUUUGGCUCAUGGUUUCCAGGCUCAAUUGUCAGUACUGUCUGAAGGACACGCAGAGGAGAAAAUUGCUGGUCAUGAAGAAGAGCGACUUAGUGCUCUUGUGGAUAUGUGCCAGAGCGUUAUCUCUGCUUUUGAUUGUUUGAGAAGCACUGAUGAGCGCAUGGAGAUUUUGCCUGUUGGGAAGGAGGCACUGUUUACAGCAGCAACUAUCGUCUCCAUGAAGUCUCAGUAAUGUCUAAAUUAAAAAUUCAGCACCAAGUUGAUCAACUUGUGAAGGUGAUAGAAGCUCGUGAAAGUGAGGGUAAAAUAGGAUCGAAUUUGGGUUCCAUGCAAGAUAUUAGUCCAGGUUGUGGAAGCCAGUUCCAUCUAUUUUGAUGAAUCCGGUUCCAUAUGGAAUCAGUUUACGAAGUAGUAAAUGUGAUGUUUUUGAGUUUUAUCCUCAUUUCCUCUCUUGUCCUGCAUAGUUCUCAUGCAUGGUUCUCAUAUACUCUCUAGUUUAAAAUAUAAAUAUUGAAUAACUAAUUUAAGCGACUUAAAAAGUUUGUUAAAA